AGCUCUGCAGCAGCCGGCUGAAGGGGCCGGCGGGGAAUGGCUGUAACUAGCAGCUCCGCUGCUUUGAGGCCGCUGUUCACGGUGGUCGCAACAGGACCGCGAAGACCUUCCACAUCCUUAUGGAUGACGUGGAUGCCGAGGGCGGCUCGUUGACGGCUCUUGGAGCACAACCCUCGCUUCUUCACUGGCAACAACUCCCUCCAUCCUUCCUCCGAACUCGGAACCGGCACCAGGGCCCACGCUCGAGCCCACCCAUACCGUUGAUGGCAAUGAAACGAAUGAGGAUGCCUUUCCUGCGGCCGGACGACGCAGCUGAAGGCGCCUCGGUUUCAAGACCUGAAGAAAAGUGGCCAGGAAAGAAAGCCACGCAGAACAAGAUUCCAUUACAAAGUACUUGCGAAACUCUUGAGGCCCCUGCGAAGGAGGUGGAAAGGUCAGAGGAGGCAGGUGAUGCCGGUUCAGACCUUUCCGAGGAUGUUUUUCACCAGGAGCUCUGUGGAGAAGAGAUGAUCUCCUUGGCCCUGGGAGCGCCUGAGCACUGGUCGCUGAAUUGUCGACCAUCUGCGCAAGAACGAAGUCAUGAGGAUGGCACCUGCGUCCCUUGCGUGUUCUACACCAUAAGCAAACGAUGUCACUUCGGGAAGUCUUGUGGCUGUUGCCAUGCCAGCAGCCAUCGUGAUCCACAGACGCUUUCCCGCUUCAGGACGGCCCGAAACUUGAAGUCUGCUCUACAUCUACAACGAAGAGUCUACAAGAUGUCUUCAGCCCAGGAGAACGGCCGGCACGGUCUCGGGUCUGCGGACGCGUCCGCGUCGUCCUCCACCACGGCCACGGCUGGCAGCCACCGCCAGCCAGAGAUGGAACCGUGGACGAGGUGCAGACCUUGGGGCUAAGUGAGGUGAUGCGGGUGAGACUUUAAUCCAAUGGGGUGUCCAACCCAAAGCACAGAGGGUGUCGUAUUGAUGUCAGGGGUCCACCCUGCUUCUUCAAGAGAUGUUUUUUCUCUCGGUCACUCUGUUUGGCGUCGGUCAUUGAGCUGAUCAAGCUGAGACUUUGUAUGCACCUCCUACUCAAGACCCUAGAAGUCCAAGGAGUCCAAGA